AUGACGUGGAGAAUGGGACCCCGUUUCACCAUGCUGCUGGCGAUGUGGCUGGUGUGUGGAUCAGAGCCCCACCCCCACACCACACACCGAGGCAGCCCCGGAGGGCGGAAGGGGCCCUUGGUCUCUCCGGUCAGCAGCAGGCCAGCUCGGUUUCUGAGGCACGUGGGGAGGUCUCAUGGAACUGAGAGAGCCUCUCUGGAAGAGACAAACCUGCGGCCUCUGCAAAGCAGGAGGAGCGUGCCCGUGUUGAGACUAGCCCGCCCCAGGGCAUUGCCAGCUCCCGAGGGCAGCCCCGUGGCCCCGGUGAGACCCGAGCUGGAACCAGCGGCCAGGAGCUCUUCCCGUGACAUGGUCCGGGAUGAGGGGUCCUCUACUCGGUCAAGGAUGCUACGCGUCCCCUCUGGGUCCGGCUCGCCCAACAUCCUGGCCAGCUUUGCGGGCAAGAGCCGGGUGUGGGUUAUCUCGGCGCCCCACGCCUCAGAAGGCUACUACCGCCUCAUGAUGAGCCUGCUGAAGGACGACGUGUACUGCGAGCUGGCCGAAAGGCACAUCCACCAGAUCGUGCUUUUCCACCAGGCGGGCGAAGAGGCGGGUAAGGUGCGCAGGAUCACCAGCGAGGGCCGCGUCCUGGAGCAGCCGCUGGAGCCCAGCCUCAUCCCCAAGCUCAUGAGCUUCCUGAAGCUGGAGAAGGGCAAGUUUAGCAUGGUGCUGCUGAAGAAGACGCUGCAGGUGGAGGAGCGCUAUCCUUACCCGGUCAGGCUGGAGGCCAUGUACGAGGUUAUCGACCAGGGCCCUGUACGCCGCAUAGAGAAGAUAAGGCAGAAGGGUUUUGUCCAAAAAUGCAAGGCGUCUGGCGUCGAGGGCCAGGUGGUGGAGGAGGGGAACGAGGGGCACGGAGGAACAAGCAGGCCCAGCCCAGACGGAGAGAAGAGGAAAGAAGACCCAAGGAGAGCACACAUCCCUCCAACCAGAGACACACGAGUCAAGGUGAUGCGGAAACCUGCAGUCGCCAGCGCCACCGCCGCCGCGCCUCUGCCACCUGCUCCCACGCGCAGGGCCACCACCCUGUCCCCGGCUCCAGCCACAACAGCCACUCGGGUCACACCCCGGGUGGGAACAGUAGCAGCAAGGCCCACAACCACCACGCCCUUCCCCACCACGCAGAGGCCCUGGACCUCCCGUGCGCACACCCCCUCGGCCCCCCACAGGUCUCCUGCCACGUCCGAGGCAACCACGGCCAGGGCAACCUCCGUCUCGGAACAUCUCUACCCUCCAACCAAGAAAGAACAGCAGAGGGAGAGGCCUCAGGGCCCCAGGAGGCCUGGCAAGACCACCAGCUUUGAGAGCCUCACAGCUGCGCCGCCCACCGCCACCUCAGAGCCCAGCUCCAGGGCUGCAGAUCCUGGCCGUUUCCGGGACAACCACACGGACAGGCGGGAGCAUGGCCACCAGGACCCAAGCGUGGUGCCAGGGCCUCACAAGCCAGCAAAGGGGAAACCUCCCAAAAAGAAAACCCAGGACAAAAUCCUUAGCAAUGAGUAUGAGGACAAGUCUGACCUCGGCCGGUCCACCGCCUCUCAGCUGGAGGAGGACCUGCAGGGGGGCAGGAUUCCUCCCCCCAACGCCAAGGACUCCAAAAAGCAUGACAAGCUUGAGAAACCUGAGAAGGACAAGAAAAAAAAGAUAAAGAAUGAGAAAGCAGACAAGCUGCUCAAGAGCGAAAAAUCCAUGAAGAAGGCUGAGAAAAAGAGCAAGCAGGAGAAAGAGAAGAACAAGAAGAAGAAAGGGGGCAAGAGUGAGCAGGGGGGCUACCCCAAUCCCAGCCCCAAGCAGCCCCCGCAGAGUCCCCAGAAGUCAGCCGCUGACCUGCUGGGGUCCUUCGAAGGCAAGCGAAGGCUCCUGCUGAUCACUGCUCCCAAGGCAGAGAACAACAUGUAUGUCCAACAGCGUGAUGAAUACUUGGAAAGUUUCUGCAAGAUGGCCACCAGAAAAAUCUCCGUGAUCACCAUUUUCGGUCCUGUCAGCAACAGCACCAUGAAAAUCGACCACUUCCAGCUAGAUAAUGAAAAGCCUAUGCGUGUGGUGGAUGAUGAGGACUUGGUAGACCAACACCUUAUCAGUGACCUGAGAAAAGAGUAUGGAAUGACCUACAAUGACUUCUUUAUGGUGUUGACAGAUGUGGAUCUAAGAGUCAAGCAAUACUAUGAGGUGCCAAUAGCAAUGAAGUCUGUGUUUGAUCUGAUUGAUACUUUCCAAUCUCGAAUCAAAGAUAUGGAGAAGCAAAAGAAGGAGGGCAUUGUUUGCAAGGAUGACAAGAAGCAGUCUCUGGAGAACUUCCUAUCCAGGUUCCGGUGGAGGAGACGCUUGCUGGUGAUCUCUGCCCCCAACGAUGACGACUGGGCCUAUUCACAGCAGCUCUCUGCCCUCAGCGGUCAGGCAUGCAAUUUUGGUCUCCGCCAUAUAACCAUUCUGAAGCUUUUGGGCGUUGGAGAUGAAGUUGGGGGAGUUUUAGAACUGUUUCCAAUUAACGGAAGCUCAGUUGUUGAGAGAGAAGAUGUGCCAGCCCACUUGGUGAAAGACAUACGUAACUAUUUUCAAGUGAGCCCUGAGUACUUCUCCAUGCUUCUAGUUGGAAAAGAUGGAAAUGUCAAAUCCUGGUAUCCUUCCCCAAUGUGGUCCAUGGUGAUUGUGUAUGAUUUAAUUGAUUCCAUGCAACUUCGGAGACAGGAAAUGGCUAUUCAGCAGUCACUGGGGAUGCGCUGUCCGGAAGAUGAGUAUGCGGGCUAUGGUUACCAUAGUUACCACCAAGGAUACCAAGAUGGUUAUCAGGAUGACUACCGCCACCACGAGAGUUACCACCAUGGAUACCCUUACUGAGCGGAAGUGUGUAACCUUAGCUCUGGCCAGUGUCCCCUGCAGCUGCUGACUCCACAUGUGGCCAGCUACAUCAAGUUCUACAUUGCCUACAUUCCCUGCCUGUUCCUUUCAGUGUUCUUCCACAAUUCAAUAAAUAGCAAACUUUCGCCUACA